AUGGACUCCAAUUCUCACGAUUAUAUCAUCAUCGGCGCUGGAUUAGCCGGCUGUGCCCUGGCCGUCCGACUCGCCCAGAGCCAAAAGAAUAUUAAAAUCCUCCUCAUUGAGGCCGGCUCCAAUGUGGUUGAUCAUCCCCUGACCGGUGCCCCUCUCGCUUGCUUCGGUGCCCAUUUUUCUCCGCUGGACUGGGCCUACACAACUGUGCCGCAGACCCAUCUCGACGGGCGCCAGUGUUACAAUAGUGCUGGGAAAGCUGUUGGCGGCGGGACAGCCACGAACUAUGGGACUUGGACUCGAGGCAAUGCAGUCGAUUUUGACCUUUGGGCACGCGUCGUAGGCGAUCCCUCUUGGAGCUAUGAAGGUCUUCUGCCGUACUUUAAGAGGACCGAGACGAAGACUCAUUUUGACCCGGCGGUGGAUUCCGCCGUCCAUGGUGUUGACGGCCCUAUCCAUAAUGUGUCUGUGUCGACCAGUAGCCCGGACCGAAAGUAUCCACUAAAAGAGCCAUUAAGGGCCGCAUGGGAGAGAUUGGGGGUAAAGGUUGUGCAGAAUCCGAAUGGGGGCUCGCCAUUGGGGCUGGGCGAACUGGUGGAGAACUGGAAAGAGGGCAAAAGGCAGUUGUCAAGUGAGGCGUAUGGGACUGCGCAGGACGGAAUCCAGGUGAUGACAGAGACGUUGGUGCAGAAAGUUCUAAUUGAGGAGCGAGAUGGGAGGAAGGUUACGACAGGCGUGGAGAUAGUCGGGGGGCAGCAGUUCUUCGCGAGGAAAGAGGUGGUGGUCUCGGCGGGGGCAUAUCGCACGCCGCAAGUGUUGAUGCUCUCUGGUAUUGGGCCAAGACAGGAAUUGGAAAAGCAUAAUAUCCUACAGGUUGUGGAUUCCCCUGAUGUUGGACGGAAUUUCCAUGACCACUACUCCUUCAACCAGUGGUGGAAGCUGCGCCAUCCAGAGGCUGGCUUGUCAAUCGGGACACCAUUGUGGAACAAUCCGGCAUAUGCUCUGGGCCUACCCUGUGACUGGAAUGCCACGGUGCAGGCGCCGAAAGAGGAGCUAGUGCGCGCAUUGCAAGCUGACGGCGAGACAGUGGAGGGACAUCCAUAUCUCUCGCCCAAUUUCUGCCAUGUGGAGACUCUUGUCGUAUAUGCGCCGGCAGGAGCAGCCAUUGCCGGGGUAGACGUCCCUAUGGAUGGCACGCACAUUGCUUCAGCAGUGCUGGGGAUGGUACCUACCUCGCGAGGAAAGAUUUCCCUUGCAUCCGCCGAUGCCAACACUGCACCGCUGAUCGAUCCUAACUACUAUGCCACGGAAGUGGAUCGGGCGGCGCUCCGGGCUGGGAUCCGGCAGGUAACGAAGCUGCUGACGGAGACGCCAGAAGGAAAAGAGACGGUGGAGUGUGAAGUUACGCGCCCGGGAUUUGAACCUCUCCGUGGAGACUCUACGGACGAGGAGAUCGAUGCACAGGUAAAGUGUGGAGGCAAUACCUUCUACCACCCUGCCGGGUCGGCAGCGAUGGGGAAGGUCGUAGAUACACAGCUGCGUGUCAGAGGUGUGGAGGGACUGCGGGUGGUGGAUGCAAGUGUGUUGCCCUUGCCAAUUUGCGGUCACUACCAGGCAACUGUAUAUGCGAUUGCUGAGAAGGCGGCGGAUCUUAUCUCUUCAUCGACUUAG